AUGCCUACUUCUCCCCAACCGCUGUUCUAUGAAACGUCUAAAUGUGUUGCGUUGUAUUUGGAUCAGAGCAUACGCUUACAACUCUUCCUUCGCUGCCCAUCAUUUCGUUGUAUCCACAAAAAUCAAGUGCUAAGGAUUCGAAACCUGAAAUUGUGUCCUGACAACUUUGAGAUCAAUGAAACCACCUACAAACUGGGCAUACUGAGAAGAUAUACAAAUGGUGAAGCACCAGAGGAAAUAAGGCAUUCAAAUAAUGCAGGAGGCUUUCAACAUGACAUGGAUAGGUACGGUAUCCCGAUUUCAAAUGAGGUGGUGAAUGAGACGGAUGCUGAAAUAGUGGAACGGUUGGAACAAAGAUUGCAAUUACCGGGAGUGUACCAUCCUAGACGUUUUAUUGAAAUAAUAGAAAUUCUAGAAGAAAUACAGCCUAUAAUUCUCCAAUACCAUAUGCGAAUGAAUAAUGAGGUACCUCCAUUCACUCACUACCUGCAAUUGACAACGACAACUGCCACUGCGCAGAAAGUGGAGCGUGUGGAGCAUAGGCUAACUUUGAAUGAGGUCAGGGACUAUAUUCUAAACAAGAUAUUCGGUUUAAACUCCCGAAAAGUGCAAAUUCAAACCCUGAAAAUCGGUCCGAAUGGCUUCGAAGAUAUGGAAGAACCAAUAUCUGAUCUAGCUCUCCAAGUUUUCUCUCACAUUGGUAAAGAGUUCUUAGAAAUGAGCAGAUUGGCAGUAAGCGGAAAUGUGGUCAACGUGCUGGCUAAUCUUAAAGAAGUUAUUGAUAUGGCUCCUCCUUUGCUGGAAUUUAAAUUGGCCUACCAACCGAUUCCUGAUGACGCAAUUGUUGAAAGUGCAGACUUACUUAAUAUCGCAAAAAGGUCAACGCUCAGAAUUUUAAGUGGACGUUCGAACUAUCAUAUUCAUCUCCAUGCAUGUUUCAUCGAUAAUGAAGACUUGAUGUUUAUGAUGAAUGAAUGGAAUAAUAACAAGAGCAGAGCUAUCAGAUAUUAUUCUAUUGGAUUUUCUCAAAAAUUAGAAUUAAAACGAUUUUUGAACAUGUUCAAAAGCAUUCCCGGAGCAGAGAGAGGAGAAAUUGAGGAGAUCAGACCGACCGAAUUCCCAGAUUGCAUCGUCAUCCCACUGAAAAACGACACCGAGCUGAACGUGUUCUGCCAGGAAACGGAAGAUGAAUACUGUAAGAAACAGUAUUCGUGGCUACAGACGUAUUGGAAAGUUGUCAAAAUCAAGGUCCAGCCGCGAGGAUUCGCAGAUGUUCUUGGGGCGUUUUAA